AUGAAACAGUCCAUCCGACACAGCAACGUGCUUCAUACUGGAUAUCUGUUAGGAAUUCUCCUCUCCUCAUGGGGAAUAAUAGCAGGCGGUGUAAGGACGACCCUAUCUCAUGUGAAGAAGUACCAAACUGUGACACCUCAGAGACUGAAGGAUUCAUCUCUCAUCAGUGAUGCUGCUACACAUCAGGCAUACCCUGAUGAACUCCGGUACUCUUUGACAAUCGCAGGGCAGAACUACACUCUGCAUCUGGAAAGGAACAAUGAUCUAAUCAGGGAAAACGUUUCUGCGACACACUAUUCUGAUCAGGGCGCCCAAGUCCCAACUAUUCCACAUCUUGGGGUUCACUGCUACUACCACGGACACAUCGUGGGAAUGGAGGACUCGUCAGCCAGCGUGGGACUCUGCUCUGGAAUGGAGGGGUUUGUGCUUCUCCAGGACCAGAUGUACCUGAUCGAGCCUGUGGCCGAUCCUGACGCAGGACAGCAGGACGACAGACACAGCUCUGAAACUUACAGCAACGAGGGUCUUCAUGUUGUUUACAACUACAAACAUCUGAGGAGGAAGAGGAGCUCCUGUUCCCAUGGAAACACGUACACUUACGAUGAUCACAGAGCUCGUCCGUCUGGAAUGUUCCAGCUCAGCAGUCUGAAAGUCGAAGCCCAGACCAUAGAACGUGCAGCAAAACCCAGAACAGUGGAGCUGGUUCUUGUGGCCGACCACACUGAGUAUAAGGAGUAUAAGAAGACAAUAGAGACCAGGAUGCUUGAAAUAGCAAGCCAUGUGGACAAGAUGUAUCGCCCUAUGGGUGUCCGUGUCAUGCUGGUCGGCGUGGAUAUCUGGUCGUACAAAGAUCAGAUAGAGGUCAGCACCGAAUCCAAGCUCACCCUCGAUCGAUUCCUUGAGUGGCGUCAUAGGAUCCUGCUGCCGAGAAUCCCACACGACAACGCACAGUUCAUCACAGGUGUGGAUUUUAAUGGGUCCACUGUCGGCUUGGCAAGGCAAUCCUCAAUGUGUAAGUAUGGAUCUGGAGGUGUCAAUCAGGAUGAAAGCACUGACACAUUAAGAGUGGCUUCUAUUAUUGCACAUGAGAUAGGUCACAAUCUGGGCUUGGCCCAUGACACUGAAAAGUGUGUCUGUGGCUCCUCAGUAAUUAAAAGAGCAUGCAUCAUGUCUAGGAUCAUGGGAUAUAUGAAUCCGAAGCUGUUCAGCAGCUGCAGUCAGCAGCAGCUCAGCCAGAUCUUGGAGAAGGUGAACUGGGCCUGUCUGCUGGACACCCCCUCCACCAAUCGCAUCUACGGAGGGCCAGUGUGCGGGAACGCCUUCCUGGAGCCUGGAGAGGAGUGCGACUGUGGCACCGUGGAGGAAUGCAAGAAUAACUGCUGCAUUGCCACUACCUGCAAACGUAACGCAAGACCCCAGUGUGAAGAGGGAGAGUGCUGCCACAACUGCAGACUGAAACCAACAGGCAGUGUCUGCCGACCAAAGGCAGGGGACUGUGAUCUGGCAGAGUACUGCACCGGCCUCUCUUCCUCCUGUCCGACUGACGCCUACACCCAAAACGGCCUGUCCUGCAACCGUGGGAAAGGAUACUGCUACAAUGGGCAGUGUCCUUCACAGCAGAAGCACUGCAAGAGACUGUGGGGUCCAGGUAAAAUUAUAGUUUGGUUUAUCUGCUUUGAUUCUGAUGGAUCAGGACUCUUACAUCUGCUUACAUCAUACUUCCCUGCAGAUCUAGGCAUUGCACCUACAGGCACCAAGUGUGGCAACAACAUGGUGUGCUACAAUCAGUGGUGUCAAAACAUCACAAACGUAAAAGCGUUUGGGACACACAGCUGCUCGGCCAUAUGCAACAACCACGGGGUCUGUAACCACGAGAAUAAGUGUCACUGCGACCCCGGCUGGGCCCCACCCUUCUGCGACGUGCAGUUGCCGGUGCUGCCUGAAGAGUCAGGCAUGUUGGUGUUUUUUGUGUUGCUGGUGGUUGGAGCACUUCUGCUGGUGGUCCCGGUCAUUGGGAUUUUGAGGUACUGCAUCAGAAAAAGAAAAAGUUAUUCCAGAUGCCUCCAGUCUACCUCAGGACAGUCAAACCCGGUUCUUCGGUCGAGCAGCACACAAGACAGCUCCUGUCGCGGGAACACACUCAUCAGCCAGCCUACGUUUGUGGAGUUUUCGGCCACUCAGCCACUCAGCCAAAACAUUGGUUUAUUAAGAUCACCAAGCCAAAGCCUCCAAUGCAGGGGUGUCAAACAUACGGCCGGAUCCGGCCCGCCAGGGGUUCCAGCUCGGCCCGCCGGAUGA